CACACACAAUUCUCUCCCUUCUGUCUGUCAUAUAUAAACUUUUCCCCCACCAAGAACAUCCGUCCAUUCUUACUUUAAUCCACCAACAAUGACUUCUGUUCAGCUCAGUCUUCGACAGCUGAGACGAUCGUUGUUAAAUAUAUCACAAUGCCAACGACGAUCAAUUCCUUCAACUUUUCUCGCUUCCAAAAGGCAUCUUCCAGUAACAGCUUAUAAGCAAAAAAGUUCGCUAGUUAAAGAAGCAGAGGAAACAAACGGAAACAAUUUUCUUUUUAAAGGAAUGGAGACAGAAUUUCCCUGCGUUUCUCGAACAAAUAUAUCGGGCCCAGAACCUCAAUAUGACUUGGUUCAGUCUGGCUAUGAAGUAUUCACAUAUGACCAACCUUUCUAUAUGAAAUAUGGUGGUCGAAUAUUGCCUCAGUUAGACAUUGCUUAUGAAACCUGGGGAGAACUGAACGAAGACCGAGACAACACUGUAAUGAUAUUCACUGGCCUGUCUGCCAGCUCACAUGCAAGAAGUCACAAGAAAAAUCCAGAGCCUGGUUGGUGGGAAAAAUUCAUCGGACCAGGCCACCCUAUUGACACAGACAAAUAUUUUGUCAUCUGUACAAACAAUAUCGGUGGUUGCUAUGGAUCAAGUGGUCCUAGUUCAUUGAACCCAAGUACUGGAAAGCCUUUUGGUACUACAUUCCCUUUGAUUAGUGUCGAAGACAUGGUUCACUCAUCAUUCUUGUUACUUGAUUACCUUGGAAUUAAAAAGGUACAUGGAUGUCUUGGUUCCUCAUUGGGUGGAAUGAUUUCAUUAAUGUCAGCAGCACUUUAUCCUGACAGAGUUGGAAGAAUGAUCUCAAUAUCCAGCUGCAGCCAAUCACACCCUUCAUCCAUUGCCAUGAGAUACAUUCAGCGAAAAAUCAUCAUGAUGGACCCUAAUUGGAAUAAUGGUCAUUAUUAUGACCAUCAGUAUCCAGCAGUUGGAAUGAAACUUGCUCGAGAGAUAGCUACCAUGACAUACCGCAGUGGACCUGAAUGGAACAAGAGAUUUGGCCGACAAAAGAUAGACCCAACUGAAGAGCCUACUUUGUGUCCAACUUUCAAUAUAGAAAGUUAUCUUGAAUAUCAAGGAGAGAGUUUUAGUAGGAAAUAUGAUCCAAAUUCCUUACUUUACAUAUCUAAGGCAAUGGAUUUAUUUGAUAUCCAAGAUGGUUUUGACACCUUAACUGAAGGUCUUGCCCGAGUUGCUUGUCCAUGCAUGGUUAUUGGAGUAAAGACUGAUAUUUUGUUCCCUGUUUGGCAGCAGAGAAAUCUGGCUGAAAGUUUACAAGAAGCUGGAAAUGAAGCUGUGACUUACUAUGAACUGAGCUCUAUAUUUGGACAUGACACUUUCUUGCUUGAUUUAAAUGGUGUCGGUAGUGCCAUGAAGGGUUUUCUUGAGACUAAUAUGAAAGAAUAUGGAAGAGCCAUGAAAAGAAAAGGAAAAGCUUAAACCAAAAUUCUUGCAAAACCUUUUAUGGUUUGAUACAAAAGAACAAGAGAAUAAAUGGCAUGUUUCUAAACCAGCUGAAUAUGUCUAAAGAUUAUGGUCCAAAUACAAAUGAAAGUUUGGUUUCUAUGAAUAAGUAAGUCAAAAAGGAGAACUUCAAACACUGAUUACCAGGAAGAAAUUCGCCAAUCAAAACUGAAUUGAUUGCAACUUAUUUCUACAGGUUUUUGAGAAAGAAACAUUUGAGUGUUGAAGAGGAAAUCUUUGAGUGCUUUAAUUGUAAAUAACAAUAUAUUUUUGACAAAACUAGUCUCUUUGACUAUAAUAAAAUUAUUUUUCUAAACAAUAACAAAGCAUUUAACAAACAAUAAAAGAUGGAGUAUUUUGUAUGCACUAUAUAUAUAUAUAUAUAUAAUAACAACAACACUAAUUCUAUGAUGGAAUUUAUAAAUAUUUAAUGCAUCGCUGCAAGCGUAGCAAUGUAUUAAAUAUUUAAUAAUUCCAUCCUAGGAUUAUUAUUAUAUUUAUCCUACAUUAUAUCGGUAUAACCAUGAUGUAACCCAAAAAAACUGACUCAUUAAUCUGUUUCAUUAGAUGGUAGCCAGUAUAAUGAAAUAAAAGCUUUAUUUGCAUACCCUUAACAUUACCAUAAACGAAUUUAAUAGAUAUAUAUAUAUGUAAAUAUUCUGUGGGUUAUCAAGGCUACCACUGGUUUCAUGCCAAGACUUCUCAGCAAUUGUGAAUACCUUAUCCAAGAUGGAGAUGAGUACCAACUUCCCAAGUGGCAGACUUGAUAAUUGCUGACAGUUCUCUGCAUGAAACCAGUGGUAGCCUUGUUAACUCACAAAUAAAGAAUAUUUAUCCACCAAUGCACUGCUGAACACUCGUUGUCACUGUUUGAUAUAUAUAUAUAUAUAGUACAUUUACAAAGUUUAUGUUUAAGCCUGCUAGCUUACAACUGUUUGAUGUAAGCUAACAGUCUGACAAAGGUGAGCAGACCAAAACUUCGAAAGUCACUGACAAUCCUCCUUGUAAAAGUAUAUUAUGCAUUCUACAAAGAAUUGAGUAAUUCCUCAGUUUAAUGUCAAAUGUUUUUUUGCUUUUUUUUAUAACACAUUAAACAUACAUAUAUAAAAACUGAGUUCCUCACUAUUACUCAUCAUCUUAUGCAAUCUUUUGCUUCAAAACCAUAUUUUAAAUUAUAUAUGACUAAGCUCUAUACCAUGUAUUGAGCACUAUUUUCUAAAUAUUUGGUGAUAUAUGCACACACAAGUUUUAACAUCAUUUAUUUUUAAAUGGUAUGGUUUUAACCAUAUUCAAUCUA